AUGAUUUCUGAAUUGGAACAGCCAAAACCAAGUAGUGUGUUCUCUUGCUGCUCUACUUCUAAAGUACUUUCACACCUGAGUUCGCAGAAUUUAAGCGGUUACAAUACAGUUGUAACAAAUUCAGCUCCGGGAACUUAUAUCGAGACACUUGCAAGGUUCAAUAGGUUACUCGGAAUUCCCAAGCAAUAUCCAGUGACUAUAUCAUGGAUAACGGGCUUCAAAAGUAGUACUCGUCAUAUAUGCUUGGAGUGGCUAGACAAACAAGAUGCAAAUUCAGUGAUUCUUGUUUCUUUCGGAACAACCACCUCCUUAUCUGUGGAACAAAUCAAAGAGCUCGCGAUUGGGUUGGAGAAAAGCCAGCAGAAGUCCAUUUGUGUAUUGAGAGAUGCUAUGAAAGAAGAAGGGGAAGUCGAAAUCCCAAAAGGGUAUGAAGACAGAAGCAUUACUAUGGGAGUGCCAAUAGCAACAUGGCCUAUGCGAUUUGAUCAGCCAAGAAAUGCCAUUUUUGUGAAGGAUGUUCUUAAAAUUGGCGUUGUUGUGAAACAUUGGGAUCGCCGUGAUGACAUAAUUGAUUCAACUACAAUUAAUAACUGUGUUAAAAAAUUAAUGUCUUCUGCAGAAGGAGAUGAGAUGAGAAUACGUGCCAUUGAAUAUGGUAAAAAAGUGAGAGAAUCAGUGAAGGAUGGUGGAGAUCAUAAAAAGGAGAUGGAUUCCUUCAUUGCUCAUAUUACUAGAUAG